GAGUAUUCCAAUUGGAUCCAUGUGGAAGUUCAGGUGAGAUAGAGUGGUGUCCACCGUCCACACGUUGCUGGUAUCCAUGGUCGCGAGGAUGACGGCGCCUACUCCAUUGUGUUGUCAGGGCGCUUGCUCGUACGUGUGAUUGCCCCCUCAAUGACAAGACAGGCGGUAGUGCUCGGAAGUGGACAAACAACAAACCAGUGAGAGUGGUACGGAACUACAAGGGACGGAAGAGCUCAGAGUACGCCCCCGAGGAGGGGAACAGGUACGAUGGGAUCUACAAGGUGGUCAAGUACUGGCCAGAGAAGAACAAGAAUGGAUUCAUUGUCUGGAAGUACCUAUUCAGCAGGAGAGAUGAUGAGUCUCAUGCUCCCUGGACUCGUGAGGGCAAGAAGGCCAUUAAGAAGUUAGGCCUCACCAUGGAGUAUCCUGAUGGCUACCUCGAGGCUCAGGCUGCCAAGAAACAGAGCAAAGAAGCAGAGGCUGAUGAUGGGGCGGGGUCAGAGGAGGAGGCAGACAACAAGGGGAAGAGGGGGCGGAAGAGAAAGGCUCCUGACUCCAAGGCUCCUGGUUCCCCUGCCAAGAAGAGUAAGCAACCUCGGUACGAGCUGAGCAAAGGUCAGAGGUCACUCAUCAAGGCUGACACGGUCAACAGCAAAGUGUGGGAGGAGCUACUAGCCUCGUCCAAAGAUGAGGGCUCAGCUGGUCUGUUGAGUCGUAUCCAGGAGACAUUCAACUGCAUCGUGUGUCAGGAGGUGGUCUACCAGCCCGUCACUACCACCUGCAGCCACAACAUCUGUAAGACGUGUCUGAGUCGUUCCUUCAAGGUGGACGUGUACAGCUGCCCCAACUGUCGUCAUGACCUGGGCAAGGACUAUGCCAUGACAGUCAACAAGUCCCUACAGGCAGUACUAUUGGACCUGUUCCCUGGAUACAAUGGAGGGAGAUGACACUACACACACUAACUGGGACCACUGAACAGCUAUAAAUAGAACUGCAAUUUAAUGUGCACACUUCCUUAUCAUGACUUUGUG